UACUAUUUCCCCCCUCGAGCCUAAAGUUUGAUGCCGCAGCUUUCGUUCUGUUUCGUUAUAGUAGGCUGAGAGUAAAGAUGGCGGCCGGCUCGAAACGCAGUCCGCCUCCUUUUCCCGACUCAGAGGAGCAGGAUCCGGAGCCUGAGUUAGGCGAGGACGAAGACAGCGAUGAAGGAGCGGACAUUUUCACAGGCAGCGUUCUCUCUCAUACACCAGUGGAUCCUCUUGUUCAUGUGAGCACUCCUAAAGAUGUCUUCAGUGAAGCCCUAGAAGAUCCUUUGAACGACCGGGGCAAGGCGAACACAGAGCCCGAGAAGUCGGCGAGUGACACUAAAGGUGUAGAGGUCGACCUGUUUGCUGAUCCUUUAGGUGAAUCUGGAGCCCAAGCGGUCCCUGAUAAAAACAGUGCACCUUUAUCCAACGUCAGUGAAGCGCCUCCAAAGAGCAGCAUUCCCAAGAGUGAGGCCAGUAGCGAGGUGUUUGGUGCAUCUCAGAAUGACGUCAAAAAAUCAGCGGACAUUUUCGAAGAGCCACCAAAAGACGGUAUGUCUAAAACAGCACCCAAACCUGUAAGUGGUGCUUCAGCCACUAAGAAAGAACCGAACGCUGACCUGUUUGGAGAUGAUGAUGACGAUGGUGGCGACCUGUUUGCAGAGCCUUUGCAAGCUUCAGUGAAGAAACCUAAAGGAAAGGAAAGCAUUAAAGGGCGUAAUGACCAGUCUAAGAAUGCCACUACUGACCUUUUUACUGAGGAGGUCACCAGAGUCCCACCACCUGCUGCUGCUAAACCCAGCACGGACUCCAGCUCCAAAACCAACGGACUGCACUCAGAUGAAGAUGAUCUGUUCACAGAGGCCACUGUUGAGCUGUCUCUGGACAGUCCUCAUAAUGACCACAGGAAGAGAGAAACACCAAAGGCCUCAGCACCAGCUUCUUCUCUCUCGGCUUCAGCGAGUGCCUCCAAACCUCAACCUAAAACACUAGAGGAGCUGGAGGAGGAGGAGAAGGAGGACAAAUUUGAUUUGAACAUUUCAGUGACAAACCCUGAGAAAGUGGGUGAUGGUAUGAAUGCUUACAUGGCCUACAGAGUCUCUACACAGACAACGUUGUCCAUGUUCCGCAGUAAGCAGUUCACAGUGCGCAGACGCUUCAGCGAUUUUCUGGGCCUCUAUGAGAAACUAUCAGAAAAACAUUCACAGAAUGGACACAUUGUGCCUCCACCACCAGAGAAGAGCAUUCUGGGAAUGACCAAAGUGAAGGUGGGAAAAGAAGACCCGUCAUCGGCUGAGUUUGUUGAAAGGAGGAGAGCUGCUCUAGAAAGGUAUCUCCAGAGACUGGUGUCUCAUCCAUCUCUGCUGCAAGACCCAGAUGUGAGAGAGUUUUUAGAGAAAGAGGAAUUACCCAGGGCAGUUAGUACCCAGGCACUGAGUGGAGCUGGAUUCCUCAAGAUGAUCAACAAGGCCACUGAUGCCGUCAGCAAGAUGACCAUCAAAAUGAAUGAAUCAGAUGUUUGGUUUGAAGACAAGCUGCAAGAGGUAGAGAAUGAGGACCAACAGUUGAGGAAGCUGCACGCCAUGGUGGAGUCCCUUGUUAACCACAGAAAAGAAUUGUCCAUGAACACAGCAGUGUUUGCAAAGAGCGUGGCAAUGUUGGGUAGUUCAGAGGAUAACACUGCACUCUCCCGAGCCCUGUCCCAGCUGGCUGAAGUGGAGGACCGCAUUGAGCAGCUUCAUCAGGACCAGGCUUCCAAUGACUUCUUCAUUUUUGCUGAGCUUCUUGCAGACUACAUCCGCUUGCUUGGGGCAGUCAGGGCUUGCUUUGACCAGCGGAUGAAGGCAUGGCAGCGCUGGCAGGACGCUGAGAACAUGCUUCAGAAGAAACGAGAGACUGAGGCCAAGCUGCUGUGGGCCAACAAGCCAGACAAACUUCAGCAAGCCAAGGAUGAGAUCACUGAGUGGGAGUCUAAGGUCAGUCAGUACGAGAGAGACUUUGAGAGAGUAUCUGCCACUGUACGAAAAGAAGUCCUAAGGUUUGAGAAAGAGAAAGCUCGGGAUUUCAAGAAACAAAUUGUCAGAUAUCUAGAGUCUCUGUUAAAUUCACAGCAACAGCUGAUCAAGUACUGGGAGGCAUUCUUGCCAGAGGCAAAAGCAAUUGCAUGAUGGAGGUGUAAACAAACACAUACAUACACAUACACACACACACACAAAUAUAUAUACAUAUGCAUACACAGGCCUGCUUAAGACUGAGUCUGCCUUUUCUAUACACUUUACCUCUUGCCUAUAAACCAAGAGAUGUAAUGCAAAGGGAAAGAGAGAAGCAAUCAAUAUAUUUUCUUUUUUUUCAUUAAUCAACAGAAGCUUAUACUCUUUGAUUUAACUAUUCUGUUCAAUUUUGUAUUGUUUUUUCCAUUUAACAUCUAUCUUUUCUUUUUGACGGAGCUAGAUUUAGGGUGUGUGUAUGCGUGGUGAUGGGGCAGGAGCAGUCUGAUAUGUUAAUUUUUUUUUUUUUUUUUGUAAACAAAAAAUGAAUGGCUAGUGUGUAGAAAUAGUAGGUGCCAUUAGUGUGAAAAGUGUUCACACCAACCAGGGGAAGAAAAGGUCGUUUUGGACAGUGAGAUUUAGCACAUCAGCAGUGCUAAUAGUUUACAGUAGUGGGCUCUCUUCCUCCAAACAUAAAUGAUAUCACUUUCUACCCUUCCUCAAGUUUGGAUUGUCUUCUGUCCUCGCUCUGCCUCUCUUUGCACCUGCUCCUUCUCCAUUCCACCCUCUCCUCCCUGGUGAAAUUCGGGCUAGUCCUACACGUGUACUGAUGAACGAGAGGAUCUUGUUUAGAGUGUGGAAACUGGGCCAUUGUGAGCUUCUGUUCUGUGUUAAAUGUUUUGAUUGAAAUAAUUCCACAUUGUGACUGCAGGCUGGAUGAGUUAGGGAAGCUGAAUUGUGUAGUCGUACAAGAAAAGGUGAUGGAAAAUUGCUGUCUGAGCUUAAUACUAAUGCAUGAAAUCCAUGAAAAGUUAAAUAUUGAAUGAUUCGUUUCUUUGUUGAUCUUUGUCGUUUGGAGGUAGAGGUGUCACACUGGUUGAUGUACUUUAACCAAAGUGGAAUGGAGAAAGAAGACCAUAAACCACACUCUUUUAGUUAAUUUACAUGAAUUCAGCUAUUUUUCCCCCAGGCAAUAAAACAACGUACAGAACCCUUACGUCGUUAUCUGAUGGCUCUAACCUGUUCAUACAGGCCACAUUCCGCACUUUGGCCACCCUUGGAAGGUCAUGUGUUUGUCUUUAAAAGAAGUUCUGAGAGAAAUUGUGUGUAUAAAUUGUGUACUUAAAUACAAACUGGUUAAGCACUUAUUCUGCCAACCAAUGUUACGCUGAAAAAGUCGCCUGUGAGUCUUGUUUAAGCGUGUUUUCCUAAAGUGAUGUCUGUUCUGUGCUACACAUUGUAUGUCAGAGCCACUCUUAUCCCUGAAGUUAAUGAAACAGCAUUUAAGGCAGUGUUACAAAACAAAUGAUUUUGUUCAACAAUUGUUUAAGCAGAGAUAUACCCCAUAACAUUUUCAAUUGUAUAGUUUAAUCCGUCAUACACUUAUCACAUUAGGUUUAUUUUUUCCAUGUCCCCCCUCUUUUUUUCCUAUCAAACGUGAUAAUCAUAUUAUGUGAUUUGGUAGAUUGAUUAUCUUUGUGGUGGUUGACAGGCAGUUUUUCUCCAAUAUGCUGCUGAGCUAACAGAGAUGUUGUAUUUGAUAAGAAUUAUUUGCAUAUCAUUCCACCCUUUAAUAAAUAAUAAAGACAGUU